AUGUCCGUCGACACAUCACCACAACAUCAAGCUCGAUCAACGGCAACAACAACAACAACACACCCGUCGCUCGUCCCCGCUCCACCCCUGGCGUCUUCUCGCUACAACCGCCAACUCCUGGUCCCCCAGUUCGGGCUUUCCGGGCAGACCCGGCUCCUGGCGUCGCGCGUCCUGAUCGUCGGCCUGGGCGGCCUCGGGUGUCCGGCGGCGCUGUACCUCGCGGGCGCGGGCGUGGGCACGCUGGGCCUCAUGGACGGCGACACGGUGGAGCAGGGCAACCUGCACCGUCAGGUCGCGCACACCGAGGAGGCCGCCGCCGCAGGCGCCUCCAAGGUCCGCAGCGCGCUCGACAGGUGCACGGCCAUCAACUCGGAGGUGCGGUACGUGUGCCACGAGACGCGCGCCGCGGCCUCGGAGGCGUUUCUCGACGCCGUGGCUCGGUACGACCUCGUGCUCGACUGCACCGACAACCCGGCGACGAGGUACCUGAUAAGCGACGCCUGCGUGGUCGCGGGGAAGGUGCUGGUCAGUGGGGCGGCGCAGCGCGGCGAGGGAAGCUUGGUGGUUUUGAACUGUCCCCCUCUGGAUUUGUCCUUGCCUGCGUCUUCGGCUGCGUCUUCGUCGUCCGGCGGCACGAGAGACGCGGGGCCGGGAGUGGCUGCGACAACACCGACGACGACGACCACAACCACAACCACAACGACGUCGGUAGAAAAGGGACCGUGUUACAGAUGCGUGUUUCCACGACCUCCGCCGCCAGAGAUGGUAAGGGGGUGUAGUGAGAUUGGCAUCCUGGGGCCGGUGGUGGGAGUGAUUGGGACGUUGAUGGCAGGGGAGGCGAUCAAGAUCAUCGCGAGAGGUGACGUCGAUCCUCAGCGGCGUGGUCGUGGUCGUUCUCAAGACACAACGUACACGAAGGGUUCGACGCAGACACGGACACAAACACAGGCUCAUCCACCACCACCACCACCACCACCACCACCACCAACACCACCAACACCACCAACACCACCAACACCACAACAACAGCAAAAACAAAAACAACAACAUACGAUGCUCCUGUACAAUACGUACGCCACGGAUCCGAGAAACAUGUUUCGAACGAUCACCCUCCGCGGACGACGAAAGGAUUGUCUGGUGUGCGGUGACGACGAGGUGUUGGCGGGUAAGAAGUUGAGCAGGAUCACCGCCGGCACGAUCGCCGAGGGGAGAUUGGAUUACCAGGGGUUUUGUGGCGUGGCGGAAGACGUCAAGAUCUUGGAAGAGAGCAAAAGAAUCGAACCCGGUAGGUUUCUUGAGGAAGAGAUGGGAAGAAGAAGAAGGAGGACAAGGACAAGGAAUAAGACGAACGAGACAAGUAAAGGAGACAAAGGAGAGGAAAAAGAAGGGACUGCAGCUGGUGCUGGCAGUGGUGCUGCCAGCGGUGGUACAGUUCUCGUCGUGGACGUACGUGAAGAACACGAAUUCGAACUAGGAACCAAAGUCAAGGGGAGUGUGAAUAUUCCCAUCUCGAAGAUUUUGAGAGUGGGUGCCCUCGAGGCGGUCGAGGAGUUACGGCACCAUUUGCAUUCACGUUCGACCCCGUCAAGUUCACGUCUACAUCAACAUCCACACUCACAUGUGUCUGUGUCUGUGUCUGAUACCACGACUCUUGAUCGUUUGUCGACGACAUCCCGAGACGCCGGGGACGCCGGGGAGGGGAUGAGGGACCUCGGAGGCACAGUGGAUUCAGAGGAUCACGUUCCAAUCACGAGAUAUGGAGAGAGUGAUUUUCCCACGGCGCCGAGUCAAGGACCAGGUGCAUUCGCACAGAGGUCGGAGGAUGGUGAUGAGAGUGAAGAUGGAAAAGCAGACCGAAAAGAAAGAGACGAACGAGAAGGAGGAGGAGAAGACACAUCAACGAUACCGGUAUAUUUUGUAUGUCAACGAGGCAACGACAGUCAGAUUGCGGCUCAGAAAAUGAUUGAGGCCAUUGAGCGCGAGCGCGAGCGCGAGAAAAGCCAGGCGGCGACGACGACGACAGAGACACAGGCAGAGACAGAAACGCCACAGAAAGAGGAAACGAAAAAGAUGAUGGGAUCGAAAUGGGGAUGGGUAGGAGAUGUCAAAGGUGGCCUCAUGGCCAUGGAAAGAAUCAGACUGUCGUGA